AUGCACCCAAAGGAUACAUUAGCAGGAAUCGUUCCACGGCUUAGUGGCCUUGGAUAUGCUGAUGCCAAACAGAUCCUUGGAGAAAUUCCUGCAAAAUCUAUGCGAGAUGAAAGUCAUAUGUUUUGGGAUUUAUUUAAUAUUAUGUAUAAUUCUGAAAAUAAACAAACAGAUUUGACAUUAUGGCUCGAAUCAGUUACAAAAUGCUUAAUACCUACAUCAUGUGACCCAUUUAUUCGUGCUUUAUUCACUCAUGAUUCAAAAACGUAUCUUUCAUUAGGACAGGAGAUAUCAGAGUUCAUUCUUCUCAUUACAUCAACUAAAUUUAACAAAAUGACCGUUCAAAUACCAGAUUUUUUGAGUGAAAAGUCUUUUCAAUUUGGCCCAAUCAAAAUCAAAGGCGAAGACAUCUGGAAUAUGCUUAUUUCCAAACUAGACUCAAUGCUGAAGUACAAUCUUUCAUGGAUUUUGAUUUUUGCAAUUCAUUAUUGGUAUUGCAGCGAAACAGAUGAUAUUGAGACAUGUUUCAAGCAGUUUUCUUUGAUAUCAGACAAAAACUUAGAAGUUGAAGAGAAUAAUGACCCGAUUUACCAUCUUUUAAGAAAAUAUUCAAAUGAAAACAUUUCCAUCGUCCAAAUCUGCAAUAUUCUUCAACCACUAGAUGCAUAUGCUUUCGCAAGUAUCGCAUCAGUCCUUUUCAAAGAACAAAUCCAACAAAAUAUUUUAAAUAAUCUUGUAAACAACGCGGCCGCAGAUCUUAUCACCAACGACCUUUGGGAAUACUCAUCUUCGUUGUACAUGUCGCGAGGCUUAAAUAUGGAAGGAAACUUCGUAAUCACGAAAUUCUGUAAUCCUUUGAUACAAAUGAACGAAAACGAAAAGAGGUUGGUUGAAGACCUUAAAAUACCAGAAGAUGCACUCUACAUGGCAAAAGCUAUGAAAGCUUCUUACAUCGCAUUAUUAUACACAUCAAAGGACAAACUCGAGAAGUUAUCAACAGCAAUCGAUCUCUGCUUCCUUGCACAUAACACAGCAACAGCUUACAAGCUUGUUUUCAAUGAAUUUUUGCCACUUGCGAUUGAACUUGGAGUUCCAAUCCAAGAAAUUGCUCAUUGGUCACAACCAUUCAAAUCCCAUCCAUUUGAUCCUACAUUUGCUGACCAUUUGGCCGUUUUGGACGUAAUUUCGGGAUUACCUUACGAUCCUGCAAAUAUUUCAAGAAUUCUUGCUAAUGAAUGGAGUACUUUUGCUGUUAGAAGAGAAGUAGCAAAGAUUAUGCUCAAAAAUCCAGUAAAUGCACAAUUUCUUCAGAAUGUAGAUGCUGCACCAAAAUUAGAGAUAUUAUCCAACCUCGCUCAACAUUAA